AUGGACAAUGAUAUUCAGCCCAAGUCGAUACUUAAGAAAAGUAACUCAAAAAAAAGUACGAUCAAAGAAAACUCAAAUCAAAAGCUUGCUGAGUACCAUGCGGGCAUCAUACAACGCAGAAAAGCAUUCGAAUCUCAAAUACUACAGUCAAUAGAAACCCUCAUGGAAUAUCCGCUUGCGCACUCACCGUUUGAUGCAUCUUGCCCUUCACCUGUUGAUAUAGCGAAUUUUAAGAGGCUUGCUCAAAUAUUUAGGCCUAAUGAUUAUGAUGACCUCAUUCAUGAGCGGAAUAUAAACGAACACUGUGGCUACACACUAUGUCCGAACAAAAGACACAGAGAAAACUGUACAGGUAAAUAUAGACUGAUGGGAACUGGUGGUAAGGCGAAAGACUUUAAGGUGGUCGAAGUGGAUCAACUUGAGAAAUGGUGCUCUUUACAAUGUGCAAAAAGGGCACUUUAUGUCAGAAUUCAACUUAGCGAUGUUCCAGUCUGGGAAAGACAAGAAAAGGUCGAGGGAACUCUAAAUUUUGACCUGCUCGACGAACCGAAAAAUAUCAGCCCGAACAUCCUUCGAAAGAUCAUGGAUCUAAAGAUUGAUUUAGAGGACUCUAGAUGCAAGGCUAUCGACCCAGAUGAGGGGACAGUCAAAGAAGAUUCCACAAAAUCUUCAGUUGCUGAAUUUUCAGAGAUUCAAGUACAUGAAUCUAAUGUAGAUGGGGGAAAAGAGACUAUUCCAAUCGUUCCAAACCCUAGCUAUGAGGCGCAUCUAAAAUUGGAGGGGCACAUAUCCAAAUUUCGGCCAUCUGCCAAGGGUACUGUUACGUACAAGCACGGGUUCGAAGUCAACUGA